CUGUUGCUAAUAUUGUUAUUGUUAUCACAUCUGUUGAUAUCAUAUCAUUUACUAUUUACACACGUGUUGUGUUGAGGAUAACAUUUACGAUUUAGCUUGAGGCAUUUAACAUACAGAUCAUUGUAUAGGUACUAUACUACUAUUAUGGUUAGACGCUAAACCUAACCUCAUACAAGCUCUUAGUCAUAGGUAGAUUUAAUUUAUCUGAAACUAACUUAAUACCUACCGGUAAAAAAUAUAUACCUAAUCGUGUAAAAUCGUAUCUUCGAAGGCCAGCGAAAUGGAUACCGACGACAAAGGAUACAUGAUUACUUACGACCCUAUCAAAGGUAAGUGUCUUGUUGCAACCAAGCAUUUUAAAGUAGAUGAUGUCAUUUUUACUGAAGAACCAUUUGUAUCCUGUCAAUUUUCUUGGAAUAAUCUUUAUGGUUAUCGUGCUUGCAAUCAUUGCCUUUGUCCUUUAGAAACUACAUCAGAAAAUAUUGCCAGAUUAACAAAUGCAGCAAUUACAGAAGUCCCCUUUGAAGAAUAUUGUCCUAUAAAAGAUAAAACACAAAAUUAUGUACAAUGUGAAUCCUGUAAAGUUUGGUAUUGCAGUUCUACAUGUUUGGAAACUGCAUAUAAUCGUUAUCACCAACUUCUUUGCAGACCAGAUAGCAAUGAUCCAUUACAUUAUUUAGAAGAAUUAUGGAGGACAAUGCAUUAUCCUCCUGAAAGCCACAAUAUUAUGUUAUUGUGUCGUUUGCUGGCAACAAUUGAAUUAUCUGCUUCACCACAACAGGCUAAUCAAACAGUUUCUAAUUUUUGUCAUCGCACUGAAAAUGAAAAUGAACAUUUAGUACAUAAAAUGCUUGGAGAAAAGUUUGUUGAGCAAAUUGAACAACUUCGUUUUGGUGUUCUCAAGUCCAUGCCAGUUAGAGAAUCCAGUCAAUGGCUAACACCAACUGGUUUUAAAUCAUUAUUGGCAUUGAUUGGAACAAAUGGGCAAGGUGUGGGCACGAGUGUUUUUCAUCAAUGGACAAAUAAUUGUAAAAAACAUCUUUCUUCCGAUCAAAUGGAAUCAUUUGAACAAUUUGUAGACAAUGCUUAUGAAGCAAUGGAACAAGUUGUUGGAGUAGACUUUUUGGAUAAUGAAGGUUCCGCUUUAUUUCAAGAACAUAGUUCAAUCAAUCAUAGCUGUUUUCCAAAUGCAGCAAGUGUUUUUGAUGGUAACCAUGUUCUAAGAUUGGUUGCCAUUAGAAUGAUAGAACCUGGUGAUGAAAUAAAUACUAGCUAUAUUGCUCCAUGUGAAUUAGACCAUAGCAGACAUACUAGACAAAAAUAUUUACAAGAAAAUUAUGUAUUUACUUGUCGGUGUAUCAAAUGCGAGGAACAAAUAAAUGAACCAGAUAUUACAAGUGAUGAUGAUUCAGAAAUGGAGGAUGAUUGUAGUACCUAAGUAUUUGUUUGAAAUUUAUUACCUCAAAAUAAAAAAUUAUUAAAAUUA